AUGAAUUCAAGUACAGUAGAACCUACUUUGGAAGAGAAGGUAGAAAAUCUCAAAGUGGAAAAUACCGAAGAAAACGAGGUAGAAGCUAAUCCCGAAGCCUCAACUGAAGAGAAGAAGAAGAAGAAGAAGAAGAAGAAGAGUGGUAAGAAGAAGAAGACCGUUGUUCCAAUAACGAACUUCUACCCAGAUGAAAAGUAUCCUGAGGGUCAGAUAAUAGAGUAUGUGGAUAAUAACAAUUACAGAACCACUGAUGAAGAAAAAAGAUACUUGAACAGACGAUUAGAAGAAACAAAAUGGAACGAUUUCAGAAAAGGUGCUGAAAUCCACCGUAGAGCAAGAAGAAAUGCCAAAAAUAAGAUCCAGCCAGGUAUGACCAUGAUUGAAGUUGCAAACAUUAUUGAAGAUGCUGUUAGAACAUUCGCCAAUACUCCUGAAACUAAGGUUGCCGGGGUUGGUUUCCCUACCGGUCUUUCAUUAAACGACUGUGCAGCCCAUUACACACCAAAUGCUGGGGAUAAAAUUGUUUUGGGUUACGAUGAUGUCAUGAAGGUUGAUAUUGGGGUUCAUGUCAAUGGUCAUAUUGUUGAUUGUGCAUUCACUCACACUUUUAACCCAAAGUACGAUGGCUUAUUGGAAGCUGUUAAGGCUGCCACAAAUACCGGUAUCAAGGAAGCUGGUAUAGAUGUGAGAAUGUGUGACAUUGGUGAAGCCAUCCAAGAGGUUAUGGAAAGUCAUGAGGUUGAGCUUGAUGGCAAGGUUUAUCCAGUUAAAUGUAUUAAAAACUUGAACGGUCAUAAUAUUGGUGAUUUUCACAUCCAUGAUGGUAAAACUGUUCCUAUUGUCAAAAAUGAUGACGAAACAAAGAUGGAAGAAGGUGAAGUUUUCGCCAUUGAGACUUUUGGUUCCAUAAACGGCUGGGGUUUUGUUCUUCCGGAAGGUGAAUGUUCGCACUACGCUAAGAACUCUGGCGCUGAUGAAUCUGGUGUCAGAUUGAACUCUGCUAAAGAAUUGUUGAAGACAAUUAAUGACAGCUUUGGCACUUUACCAUUCUGUCGCAGAUACCUUGACCGUACUGGACAGGAUAAGUAUUUGUUUGCCUUAAAUAGCUUGGUGAGAGCGGGAGUUGUGCAAGAUUAUCCUCCAUUGAUGGAAAAGAAGGGCUCUUACACUGCGCAGUGGGAACAUACAAUCUUGCUUCGUCCAGAUGUGAAGGAAGUUGUUUCCAGAGGGGAUGACUAUUAA